AUGUACAAUCUCAACACCUCGUCUUCCUUCCAUAUCAAUUCAGCAGCAGGAACGUAUGUCUAUGAUAUUGUACCUGUAGCUGCUGGCCUUGCAGCAAUAUCGUCGGACGACUGUCUGCGGCUUCUGGAUCCGCUGGCGCUUCAUGCCGGGGCUGUGAACGAGAUCAAGGAUGUCAAUGCAGAUGUUACUUGUUUGAAGGCGGUAACUGUGGGAGAGGAAGGAGAUGCACUGAUUGUUUGUACGUCAGGGAGAGAUGGAAGAGUUGCGCUAUGGGAUCUGAGAAGCGGUGCGAAGAUUGGGGAAGUUAGAAGUGAAGGAAAUGCUCCCAUAUUGUCCCUGGCCUGCUCUUCGCCAUACGGUCUAGCGGCAGGUACGGAGUUGACAAAUCAUCAAGCGUCUGUUGUGGUUUGGGAUACGAGAAUUCUGAGCGCGCCUGCAGUGCAAUACAUCGAGAGUCACAGUGAUGAUGUUACAGAACUUCAAUUCCACCCAACAGAGCCUCAAAUACUCCUAUCGGGCUCCACGGACGGCUUGGUCAACAUUUUCAAUACUACAAUUACAGAUGAAGAAGAUGCACUGCAUCAGACCAUUAACCAUGGGGCCUCGAUUAGUCACGCAAACUUUCUCAAUGAGGUUGAUAUCUUUGCUGUGUCUCAUGAUGAGAAGUUCUCUAUGUACAGACUUGUCACAAACCCCGAGGAAGGCGUCGAAGAGCCGCUGCCUGUUCAUCAUGGUGAUGUGAGAGAGUUGCUGGGAGGAGAGUAUGUUGCGAAUGUGCUUAGGAGGGCCGAUGGUGGUGCUGUCAUUGGUGUUGGCACUCACAGUCGAGAAACUUUCGAUCUCAUCCAGUUGAGGAAUUUACCACCUUGGUCAUUCUCUCCGGAGGAUAAAGUCACGCUGCUAGGAGCUCAUGGUUCUGAGAUCGUCCGAUCAUUUUGCUUCUUGGACUCCCAUCAAACCGUUCUGACGUGUGGGGAGGAUGGUGCGAUACAGGCAUGGAAGGGUGAUUAA